AUGUCUGCCGUCCCCCCCCCUCCUCCCCCCUACAGCAGCAGCAGCACUCACCACCACCAUCACCAUCAGCAGCGACAGCAGAGACAGUAUCAGCAGCAGCAUCAGCAGCAGCAGCAGCAGCAGCAGCAGCAGCAGCAGCUGAAUGGGGAUAUUCCCCCCACCAGGCAAGGCCCCGGUGGCCGCAAGCCUGCUGCUGCUGCUGCUGCUGCUUCUGCUUCUCUCACUUUCUCUGAGCUGCAGAACCACCGGCUUGUUAAGCUUGCGCGGCGCACCUGGCUGCAGCAGCAGCAGCAGCAGCAGCAGCAGAUCAUCCAUGUAGACGCAGGUCCUUACUUUGCUGCUGCUGCAGCAGACAAACAAAAAGCAGCAGCAGCAGCAAAGACAAAAGCCAGAGAUGCCCAAAGAGUGCUUGAGGCUCUCAAAGAGAAACCGAAGCAGCAGCAGCAGCAGAAGGAGCUGCAGCGGCAGCAGCAGGUCGUGGCAGCAGCUGAGAAGCGCGCUGCUGCUGCUGCUGCUGCUGCAGAUGCAGCAGCAGCAGCAAAACGGGCCUGGGACUCUAGAGAGGAGGCGAGACGCUCCCAAGGCACCAGCACCAGCACCAGCAGCAGCAGCAGCAGCAGCAGCAGCAGCAGCAGCAGCAGAAGCAAAACAGCAGCACUGAUAGCUGAUGUGUACAGACAGCUCAGGAGAAGCAGCUUCGGGGGGGGGGCGCUGCAGGCCCUAGAAUAUACACACUACCUAGAGACGUUGCUGUGGCCCUCGUUCAGCAGCAGACCUGCUGCUGCUGCUGCUGCAGCAGCAGCAAAGGAAGACACAGCAGCAGCAGCAGCAGCAGGAACUACACAGCCUGCACAUCUUCUUAGUAUCUGCGCGCUGCUGCUCAGCUCAGGAGCAAGAGGAGGAGAAAUGCUGCUGCCGCUGCAGCGGCAGCCACGGCAGCUGCGAAAGCUGCUGCAGCUUGAGAGCCCAACACACCCCACGCAGCAACAGCAGCAGCAGCAGCAGCAGCAGCAGCAGCAGCAGCAGCAGCAAGAGCAGCAGGACGAUGAUCUGCCUACUGAGUUUCUUGAUGCUAAGGUGAAGGUCCUCUUCUACAGGCUGGCGAUGCUCCUAGCCACCGCAAAGCUCCCAGACAAGCAGCAGCAGCAGCAGCAGCAGCAGCAGCAGCAGCAACAGCAGCAGCAGCAGCAAGAGGAGGAGGGAGAGGGCGACACGGAAAACGUGGAGAGUGCUCUCGUGUCCAACAGCAACAGCAACAGCAACAGCAGCAACAGCAACAGCAACAGCAGCAGCAGCAGCAGCAGCAGCAGCAGCAAGAAGGUAUAUGUAAGCGAUGGUUGUGAGGACCCACCACUGGGCGACUGCGUGGUGCUGCUGGCAGCAGAAGAGCAGCAGCUGCUGCUGACGUUUUUUGUUAGAGCCUUUCAGGGGCUCGAGAACGGCCUGCUGCGGCGGCUGUGUCUUGCUGUUUGUGGCCCCUGCUGCUUCGCGCGGCUGCCGCAAUCCGCGCUGCUGCUGCUGCUGCAGCGGAGUGCUGCUGCUGCGCUGCUGUGGAAACGCGCGCAGAAGCGGCUGCUCCCGUUGCAGCAAGCAGCAGCAAAUCCUGCUGCUGCUGCUGCUGCUGCGGCGGCAGCCGGUAGUGCUAAUAAAGAUGAUCCUCAUGCUGCUGCUGCUGCUGCUGCUGCUGCUGCUGCUGUUGCUGCUGCAGUGCAGCCAGAGCAGCGGGAGCACCUGCAGCAAAUAAUGCUCGACAGAGACUUCAUGUUCGUCCUUAUACGCAAAUUCGUUGUACUUGCAGAGGAUGAGUGCGGCUCUUACGGGCGUGAUGAGGUUCCGCUGUCUUUGGUGCUGCUGCUGGAGCGCAUGCUGGAGCUGUUUGUUGACUUGCUGGCGCAGCUGCCUACUCGUCGUUGUGAAGAGAAAAAAAGAGAGAAAGAGAGAAACAAAAUAAAAUAUUAA